GUUAUAAACAGCGUGCAGGUCUGGUGUGCCCAAGGAGCGGGCGAUUCUGAUCAGAUGACGUUAGCCCGUAAGGAUCUUCAGCUAAGCCCAUUCGAUGUGGUUCGCCGUGUACUCUGUCCCGAUACCGGAGGUCCCGACGGUGUUCCAGCAUCUGUAGGCGAUUGCAUUGAGCUAUUCUUUCAAGAUUAUGGUUUGGGUCCCCUUUUUGUUCAGGAGAACUAUCUGCACGUCAAGCCCAAGGCCUCUCAGUAA